AUGGCCUCUUCGUUGGAGGGUAGACUUAAGACGGCUACGGAGCUUGGGACUUCCGAUGUCGCAGGCGCGGUAGAGCAGCUCAAGGGGCUUGUUUUGGAGGACGGUAGCAAUGACACGGAGGCUGUGCAUAUCAAGGAGCAGGCCAUUUCCCACCUAUGCGAGCUUUACAUUAAACAGAGCAACGCGCAAGGUCUCGCAGAUCUACUGACCUCUUUGCGAACUUUUUUCAACGCCAUCCCCAAAGCAAAAACAGCAAAGCUCGUCCGCAGCAUUAUCGAUGCCAUUGCAAAAGUGCCAGGAUCGACACAACUGCAGGUGGAGGUGUGCCGAGCCCAGGUGGAGUGGGCCAAGGCGGAGAAGCGCACAUUUCUUCGUCAGCGCAUCGAACUGCGCCUGGCCAGUCUGUACAUGCAGGUCAAGGACUACCCUGCAGCUCUGGCGCUUAUUGGGACGUUGCUCUCGGAGGUGAAGAAGCUGGAUGACAAGCUGCUGCUGGUGGACGUCUACCUGCUGGAGAGCAAAGUUAACCACGCCCUGCGUAACGUGCCCAAGGCCCGAGCUUCCCUCACAGCGGCACGCACUGCCGCCAAUGCCAUCUACGUGCCGCUUCAGCUUCAAGGGGGGAUCGACUGCCAUAGCGGCAUUCUCUGUGCGGAAGAGAAGGACUACAAGACAGCCUACAGCUACUUCUUUGAGAGCUUCGAGCAGCUCUCCUCGCUCGACGAUCCACAGGCCGCACAGGUUCUGAAGUACAUGUUGCUGGCUAAGGUCAUGCUGGACCAGGCGGACGACGUGCCGGGUAUUAUUAGCUCCAAGGCCGGUCUCAAGUACACGGGCCCGGAGGUGGAGGCCCUGCGGGCGGUGGCUCAGGCCUAUCACGACCGCUCCCUGCAAGCCUUCCAGGAUGUUCUGGAAGCACACAAGUCCCAGCUAGUGGACGAUGUCGUCGUACAUGCCCACCUGGCCUUCUUGUACGACACGCUGCUGCAGCAAAACCUUGUACGACUGAUUGAGCCUUUUAGUCGAGUGGAGAUCUCUCACGUGGCGCACCUGAUUGGGCUACCGGUGCCGACUGUAGAGGCUAAACUCAGCCAGAUGAUCUUGGACAAGAAGUUCAGCGGCACUUUGGACCAGGGCGCGGGCUGCCUCGAGGUCUUCUCCCCUUCAUCCCCCGACGUGGUCUACCCCGCCGCCUUGGACGUGUUGGAUUCGCUGGGGCGGGUGGUAGACACGCUGUUCGCCAGGAGCCAGAAGGUGGUUGCAUGAGGUCGCCUCGCGGGGGGGGUAGGGAAGCGUCUGUCGGCGUAUGGGUGCGACAUUUUGCGAAAAAUCUGCUGGUGGUGGCGGCGUGGGAGACACAGAGAGCGACGUCUCUGUUGUGUGGGAAGUGGGGAAAGAGUCUUUUCACUUUCUGCAACCACACUUAGCAGCCAUUUGCGAGCUGAGCUCACAUGCUACGUGGUGGGCUGUGUGGCGGUCUGGGCGUAGCGUGCUGGAGAAGGCUGGAGUGAUAAGGAGACAUGCGCAGAGAUUAAUUAGUCCCAAUGGAUGAACCUGUGGAUGGAAGAUAGGUAAACGAAGUGCGAUGGGGGUCGCCGUGUGGGGGCAGGUGCGGUGGCUGAUCAGGAGGAAGACCACAGCGAGAGCAGAGGAGGCGAAAGACGGGCUCAGGCGGCGCCGGGUUGCGGAAACUGACCAGGCAGGAAUUCG